AUGUCGGCGUUGGAGUUGCUGACCUAUUCAUCACAUCCGUUGGGCCUGCGCCCGCUUGGAAAUGCAUAUUUGGAGGGUGCCAAAGAUUUCCGGACUCAAAGUCUGGGAAUGCUUGCAUGCUUUGAAGAUGCUUUUCUCCUGCAAUUCCUAGUUGAAUGGAUGGAUGUUCAAUCCCUUCUAUGUCUGAGCGCAACCAGUCGAUCAUUUUAUGCGCUCGUAAACGCACCCUUGGUAUGGCGCGAAAAGUUUAUUCGCGAUUAUGGCGGUAGGAUGAGUGGCGGAUGGCCAGGAAGUUGGCGGGGUGCCUACGCCGCGGCCGCCUGCACGGAUCAUGCGAAGGUGAAGGCGUUUGUCGCCUGCCAUAUUUCCCUGGCGCAUGUAUACUCGGAUGCAGUUUUCCAUGAUUUUGUCACCGCGUCCUUUGAUCCACGUCCAUUUAUCGAGCAUCACACAAGUCGUGAGAUCCGGAAACUGUUGCGUAAACGGAAAAUGGCUACGGCCGCCACAGACGACGUGCCGGAACGUCCUCGGAUACCCGAUCAUAUCGACCGCGUCGAUGCACGGGCUUUUGAUACAUUAAAGUUUGUCACUCGCUUCGCACAUGCGAGCUGGCCUUGCAUUCUGACUCAUGCUACCGACGACUGGCCCUGUCAUGCAUGGAACCUGGACUACAUCCGUGAUGUUUGGGCCGACCGACUCUUUCAGGCAGAGGCAUUGCAGGUCAAUGGCCGCACCUAUGUUGAAUAUGCGCACUCGGCCGGAGGUGGUGGUAUGCCUGUCGCAGAUCUAGGUGUCGUGCCGGACACAUCGCCCUUUUAUCUGUUUGAUGCAGAUGUGGCCGCGGGGGAAGACGAUGCAGCGCGUGGAUGGCGUGUGCCCUCUCUCAUUGCCCGUUAUCCUAUAGGAGCAAAAGGCGAGGGUGAUGCGCGAGAAGCCGAUGAACGCACGCGUGCUGACUUGUUUUCACUUCUGGGCGAAAUCCGGCCAGACUAUCGUUGGCUCAUUGCCGGACCAGCACGCAGCGGAAGCUGCUGGCACAAAGACCCGAAUUUGACAUCCGCAUGGAAUGCCGUCACGCAGGGGUCCAAGUAUUGGAUGCUGCUACCGCCAAAGACAGUGCCACCAGGUGUGUACGUAACAGAGGAUGAGUCAGAGGUGACAGCACCUGCCAGUUUGAGUGAAUGGAUGCUUGACUUCUACGCCGAGACAAAGGCGAAGCACGGACGUCGUGAAUGUGGUGGUGAUGGUCAGCUGAUCGAAGGUGUGUGCCAUGCCGGUGAAGUCAUGUAUAUACCCAGUGGUUGGUGGCAUCUUGUGAUCAACUUGGACGACUCUGUGGCAUUAACGCAAAACUUUGUGAGUGUGACUGAGCUCCCAUCGGUCCUAUCGUUCAUGAAGUAUACACCAGAGCAAAUCAGCGGAUUCCGCGCAGGGACAUCCAAGACGUCAGUAUUUGACCAAUUUGUCGAGAGAUUACGCGCGUAUGAUGCGGAGAUGACAGACGAAGCUCUGGCUUGCAUGCCCAAACGUAAGAGUUGUCGUGCUCCUACGCUGGCGAACGAAGGUUCUGACUGGCGAGUACGCUUGAGCUGUGGCGUGACAGAUGAGUCCAAUACAACAUGCACGCUAAGUUCGCUUGUCGCCGACGAAGAGUUGGGAGACACGCCUUGGUGA